AUGGCCGCCGCUGCAGGUCAGUGCAAUGAUGCUAAGUGUUGCAGACAGUCCACAUGUGGUGGAGCUGUAGCGCUGCGACUCCAGUCACAGAGGUGGUGACAAGACAUGGGUUCCAGUCUGCAGAGUGUGACCCCACCCCCCCUCCUAAACAGCCUCCUCCUCUUCGUCUCAUUGUGAUUGUUAGCCUGAUGCCCCUGAAAGGGCAAACUGCCCCCCAGCCCUUCAUUAACCAAAUGGAAUUGACUUAAUUCAAUUAAGGAGUAAAAUUUUCCCCCAUGAGAGGGGAGGAUGUUUGUGUGCAUUUUUUUCUUUUGCACAUCAGCUCUGACUGUGUGUGUGUAUUCGUUCCUAUGCCUGCUCCCACAUAUAUUACAACCUGUGAAAUGAGCUCUCAUGCAUAUGAAAACAAGGUGUGUCACAGGUUGCGUUCUUGCCGCAGGGCCAACAGAGGCCCCGGCGCUGCUGCUACAGAGGCCUCAGGUAGCACCUGGGCCCCCUCGGCUCCGCCCGCACCCUUGUGCGGCACUACAGCCUGAGGUGAAUGCCAAGAAGUCUCCGAGCCACUCCAUCAAGCAGCCCCCCCCCACCCCAGGGGAACGGCAGCCAAUGAAUUACAGAUUAGAUCAUUGUUACAGGAUCAUAACAGUGAUCUAAUUGCCAAUUUCUCUUUUUAAUUGAAUUUGGUGGAGUGAAGAGGCAGAGAUAGGAUUCAGGGGACUUUGUGUGGAGCCGAUUUGGAGUCGGCCCGCUGUUGACCGGACGUGAGGGUUAAUUAGGGGAAAAAAAUACCAGAGCUUGACAUUCGGCUGCAGUCUGGGCGUUGACUGCAGAAAAGUCAGGCCUGAUUUCCUCCACUGUGCUUCUAGUUUGGGUUGAACCUCAGUCAGGCUGCAGAAAUCAGUCAAACCUUGCUGAUGGAGAACUACCAGUUUGAUCAAUGGGUAUGGACUUGCUUAGUACAGUUUUUGUGAGGUUGUCACAUGGUACUCUUGUUUGAAAAGUGAGCCAUUAAGAUGAAAAUACUGUGGUUAUCAUAAUCAUAUCAAAGCAUGUACUUUUGAACCACACAUGGUGACAAACUGAAGGUGGUGUCCGACGUUAUAUUUUAUGUGAUAAUGGAUUAUAUUGAUACAACGUUUUUUUGCUGAGUAAAAAAUUGUGAGUUAAAUGACAUACAAUAAACCUCACCGUCUAAAGCCCUGGUUAUACUUUCGCCUGGCUCUGCUCCAAGAUGGUGCGCGCACCUCGGCAGAGCACACAGGCGUUUAUUCUUGGUGCGUUCUACGUUGCAAUAUUCGCAGCAAAGACAGGGGGCGGUAGAGAAAAAAUACAAUAGGAAGUAAGGUAAAAACAGGGAAGAAGAAGUAGCCCGCCAGUCUUCACGGGAAAACACGGGAAAAAAGAUUAUUUUUAUUUAGCCUACAAACUGAUCCCCAUUGUGUACCUGUAUGGAUUGACUUCUUUCCAGGCCAUUAUCCUCAAUUACGAUAACUAGCUAUGAACACAAUACCGAACCGAUCUGUACAUGAAGUCCACCAUUUUUCAACCUCUUUUUGGGCCAUUUUGAGGGGUCUUUUAAAAAGUUUCUUCUCAAAUCGCAUCAAUUUGAUUUUCUUAUAAGCAGGAAUACAAGUAGCGAUGACCUGAAUGAUGAAAAAUACUUUGGCUUUUUCAGAUAAAUCAAAGGGCGUGGCUGUAGUGAGCCCUCAAAAUUGUUGGGGUUUAUUUUGCCAUAGUUUUAUCUCAGCUAUGUAUGUUCCAACCUGACCCAAAUUCACCAUGCAAAACUGGAGUCAAGACCUUAACAUGUUUAUGUGGUAAUAUGUCAUCCAAGGUUUAGCGCCUUUUGGUGGCAGUAGGGAAUGCCAUGCUGUCACUUUAAGAGGCAGAUGUCCGAGGUCGACUAAAUGUGGAUCCUUGGUCUCUUACAAAAGCACCAAAGCAGCAACAAGCUCUGCAUCCUGCUGUUUGCCAAACUCCGCCCACGUGCAUGACACUGCAUUUGUAAUGAUGACAGCUUUAUUUUUUUAAAUAAAACAUUGAAUUUUCAUCAAAUUUCAUCAUCUCUUUAAUGUGACAUCAUGUCUGUCCUAUAUAACAAAACAAAACUUGACAACUUUUUUUUUCCAACCGUAAGGACUUCUGCCAUUACGUUGCACAUCGCUCCACUUGCAGGGAUAACAGGACGAUGGUGUCAAAGGAUUUUACAGAAGUAUCACCUUAUUUCUGGAAGCAGUCACCUGGACUCAGUGUUUACACUUUUCUUUGUUUCUCCUCCUGAAGACGUCUUCAGAGCGAAUCUUUAGCCCGCUGCUCUCUGACCUGACUUGAUCUAAUUGCAGUUUGUCUGUGUCUGCCUCUGCACUCCCUCCCUCUGUCCUCUCCUCCUGCCCCUGACUCCUCCACCCAGUGCUGACCAUAAAUGAGCUCCACAGUGUUGUCUGAUUAUAGCUGGGUUAAAUUAGAUGAGAUAAGUUAGCCCCGUGUCUCCUGCACAGCCUUGCUUGAGAGCUGACAAGCCCAAUACAUCUGCUGUGGCCAUGGUAAUUGAGAUGGGGAGGGGAGGAGAGGGGCUGUGGAUGUGAGGGAGUGAUUUGUGUGCGUGUGUGUUUGUGUGUGUGUGUAGAGGCGUGUGAAUGGGAGUAGAGGGGGAGGAGGGGGGAGCCUCUGUCUCUUGUUCCUCAGUACCUGUCAUUGAUGAGGAGCCAAGGAGAAGCUUCAGCUUGAAGCUGUCAUCGGCCCUCAGAAUGUGUCUGCCUCACUCUAUCAUCCCUCCCUCCUCAUCCUCAAUCCCUCACACCCUCUCCCUCUCUCUCUCUCUCUCUCUUUCAGAGUGUGUGAUGUGGAUGCAGAGUGUGUGAGUCGUGAGCCAGCCAGCUAAGCCUGUGUGCACCGUAGGAAUCUGUGCGACCAGGCUCUCGAGGCGUUCAAAUCGGAGACGCCGGCAGAGCGACUGGGGUUCUCGCCCGCCGCCCUGACAUCGCCGAGACCGACGCUCCCUCUCCCGGACUGACAGGCCAAUCGCAGGCCACUGCUCACCCUCCCUUCCCACAGAACGCUCUCUCUCUCUCUCUCUCUCACUCACACUCACUCUUCCUCCUCCUCUUCUUCUCUCUCACUCCGGCUCUCAUUCCUUUGCGCUCAAUCCGUGCAUUCCCUCCGCCUCCUCCUCCUCCACAUCCUCCUCCUCCUCCUCCUCCUCCUCACACCUUUUGGUCCGAAGAGGAAGAGGAAGCCCAGCCCAGCGAGAGACGCUGA